CCGAUGGUUUGUACCCGUUGCUGCGACAAAACGUGACGAAUAAAACAUGGAAAAUUCUGCCGAUAAUAACAUGGAGACAAAUGAAGACGUUGCAGAGGCGAAGAAAAGUGAAGGCAAUAUUUGCUAUAAAAACAAAGACUACACAAAAGCCAUCCAACUAUACACAGAAGCAAUUGAUAUGUGUCCGACUUCACCGAAUUAUUACAACAACCGAGCAGCCGCUUUUAUAAUGCUUGAUAAAUACCAGAAGGGUCUUGAAGACGUCCAGCGAGCAAUAGGAAUCGACAGUACACUCGUAAAGGCAUAUCUGAGAGAGGCAAAAUGUCACUUAGCGUUGGGUUUUGGGGAUGCGUCUGUUCGUUCACUCAACAGAGUCAUAGAGUUAGAUCCACAUAAUAAACUAGCGCAAUCAGAGUUACGGGCGGCUAAAUUGGUACAGCACCACGACAAGGAUAGUGAUAAAGCCUUUGAAUCUGGAGAUUUCCGAAAGGUCGUUUAUCUCAUGGACCGAGCCAUAGAACACUCCCCGGCGAGUACCAAGUUCAAGGUCAAGAGAGCCGAGGCUCUAGCCAAGAUGAGGAGGUUUUCAGAAGCAUCGCAAUCUAUCAAUGCCAUUUUAGUGCGAGAAUCUCUGAACGCCGACGCUAUUUUUGUGAGGGGGCUUUGCUUGUACUACCAGGACAUCAUGGACAAGGCGAUACAACACUUCCAGCAGACGCUCAGACUUGCCCCCGAUCAUUCCGAAGCUCGAGUCGCUCUCAAGAAAUGUAAACUAUUAAAAUCUAUAAAGGAGGAAGGUAACGAAACAUUUAAAGGCGGGAAGUACCAAGAGGCGUAUGAACUUUACACACAAGCCCUGGCGGUGGACCUGCUCAACGUCAACACAAAUGCUAAAAUCUACUGCAAUCGGGCAACGGUCUGCGCAAAGCUCAAAAAGUUGGAUCAAGCGAUCGAGGACUGUACCAAGGCACUAGAAUUAGACCCAGAGUAUCUCAAGGCAUUUAUGAGGCGAGCAAAAUGUUACAUGGAGACAGAGCAGUACGAGGAUGCAGUACGUGAUUAUGAGAAGAUAAGCCAGAUGGAUAGAACAAGAGAAAACCAGAGUCUCCUUAAAGAAGCCAAACUUGAACUGAAGAAAAGCAAGAGGAAAGAUUACUACAAGCUCCUGAAGGUCACCAAGAACGCCACCGAAGAUGAAAUUAAGAAGGCGUAUAAGAAACAUGCGUUGCUCCAUCAUCCAGACCGCCAUUCCAGCAAGUCGGAGGAAGACAAGAAAGCUGAGGAAGUGAAGUUCAAGGAAGUCGGCGAGGCGUACUCCGUUCUAUCGGACGCCAAGAAGAAGAUGCGAUACGAUAGCGGACAAGACUUGGAGGACAUGGACGGUGGCUUUAGUGGUUUCGACCCCAACCAGAUCUUCACCAGCUUUUUUGGCCAUCCUGCCGGCUUCCCUUUCGGAGGGGGUGGCGGCCAUCAUCGGGACAGCGGCUAUUACAAUAGUGGGUUUCCAGGGGGUUUCCAGUUCCAGUUCGGUUGAGGUGCUGCUUUUACGAUACUUAAAACUUUGUUGGAACUCGCACUUAGAUCGUUGUCAUUUGAUUGGUUGACUGGCACACCACGUGUCACUAAAUUCGGUGUCUCUCUGUUGUUUUUGCCUUAGCGCAGUUGUUUCUAUCACAAAGGAGCUAAGUUUAACUUCAUUAUGUUCACUCCAGCUACUCUUCAGCAAUGCAAGAAUAAGAACUGUAGCUUUUUACCUCUAGAGCUCAAUGCCCAGAACUUGAACAUUGUGUUCAGUGUCACACCUUUGUUGCUUCAACUCUCCCUACCCCCCCCCCCCAAUUUAACGGACCACCAACGAGAAACCACCAAUAACACCAGUCACUUUGGCGUUAUGAAAGGUUACUUACUAUCAAAUGACAAGGAUCUACGUGUCGGAUUUUAUUUAAAAACAAAAGACGGCUUUUCAGGUCUUCAUAAAAGAGGCACAACUAUCCCCUCGUUACCUCAGAGCCAAAUGUCAUUGAGCUGCAUCAGCAAAAGAAGUUGCUAAGCACAACCAAAUUAUGCUUACCGCAAAAGGGUUACCAGCCAAGCUACCAUGUAAUAUUUUUGAUCAGCAAAAGUUGUUAAGCAUUUUUUUUUCUGCUCGAGCAGUUCUAAGGAAUUUACUGAAAACUUCAACACCAAUCAAUCCAGAGGUUUUGUUUAUCCGAUGAUUUCAGAAUGUUUAAUGCGCGUGGGCCUUACAGUCGAGCUUUUACAUUACAUCACUGAAUAAAUGCAUACAUUAUGAGGUCAUUAUUCUUUCCGUGCAUACAUAAUGAGGUCACCAUUCCUUCCAUGCAUACAUUAGGAGGUCAUUAUUCCUGUGUUUACCCUUCUGUAGCAGAAGCUUACAAUGGUAUAAUGGAAGAAUGCAACAUAUUUAUGAGAUUUCGAGAGCCAAAUUUCACAGUCAAAUCACACGUUAUGAAAUUAAAUGAACUAUAUACCCUGGUUUUCUAGCUAAGUGUUUUUUCCUACUUCAUUUAUCCAGCAUUAGUUUGGGAGAGUUUUUAAGAAUUUAUUUUUAAUUUAGCGAUAAUUUUCUUUGUCAUUUUAGGCAAAUAAGCAGCCAAUUUAAACAUUGCGUUAUUCUAUUUCGUACACAAUUGGAGAAACUCAAUUCGGACAUUCUGUUUCACUUAAUGUCUGAAGCCUUAUUUUGUUGGCGUUGUGCGAUUAAAAAAGAUAAUCAUUCAAUUUUACCAUGUACUAAAACAGCAUCCAAAUUGUCAGCAGCUUUUCACAGAAAAUGUGUGUGCUCUGCUGAAUUUGACGAAAAUUUUCA